AUGCCCAGCGCAACGGCUUCCGGAGCUGAUACGGGUGGCUCGGCUCGGUCUCGCGAUCAUAAGCAGGGCAACCAGGGACGAACGUUUACCCCCGACCAGGAGGCAGCUGUUAUCCGUAUCCGAAAAUGCGAGGCCACUGCUUUUUAUGACAUUCUGAACCUUGAGAGUGUCAAGACGACAUGUACCGAAUCCGAGAUCAAGAAGGCUUAUCGCAAGCAAUCGCUUCUGACCCACCCGGACAAGAAUGGACAUCCUCAUGCCGAUGAGGCUUUCAAGAUGGUCAGCAGAGCCUUCGGAAUUCUAGGCGACAAGGAAAAGAGAGACAAAUUUGACAGAUUUGGCACCGAUCCCGAUAGUCGAUUUGCCAGCGCCCAGGCGAACAACCCCUUCUUCAACCAGCGAGCUGGUGGUGGUGGUGGUAGAGGUGGUCCGAUGUUCCAGGAUGACUUGACCCCAGAGGAGAUGUUUGCCCGUUUCUUUGGCGGAGGUGGCGGCGGAUUUGGUGGUGGUCCAUUCGGAGCUUUUGACACAGGCCCUCAGUUUGUCUUUAACUUUGGCGGAGGUCCCGGCAUCCGGGUGCAUCAGUUUGGUGGAGCAAGGCCCAGAACGAGACCACGAGAAGCUGCUGCUGGACGACAGAACGAAGGCAACGUUUUCCAAACAUUCCUGGGUCUACUACCUAUCAUUCUGUUCUUUAUCCUGCCUAUUAUCACCUCAUUCUUCUCCGGCGACUCGGGAACCUCAUCGGCAUCGAAUCCUCGUAUGGUGUACGAUAACCCUCUACAUCCUUACACACAACAGCGCACGACACCGAACCUGAAUGUUCACUACUACGUGAACCCCGAAGAAGUCGCCAAAUAUUCCGACUCCAAGCUCAACAAGCUCGAUCGUACAGCUGAACAUCAGCUGUUGAGGGAUCUCAGGAAUGAAUGCGAGAACGAGUUGAUUUACCAACGGAGGUUGCAGGAUGCUGCUCAGGGGUGGUUCUACCAGGAUCCCGACAAGAUGGCGCUCGCACAGUCAUACACCAAGCCGUCUUGUGAUAGAUUACGCAACCUUGGAGUCAAGUUUUAA